CCCCGACUACGGCGUUGCACUGCCGUCACAAGGAUGAGGAGAAUCAACUCGGAAAUAAUUCGACGGACGCUAGAAUCCUCUUGCCCUGAACAUAGAACACCUUCGACCGUUCACUUGAAACGACAACAGGCCAACUCUAGGCAACUUCACCAUCCAAUUUCUGGACCACCGAUCGCCCUCCUUCAUCAUGGGUAGCAUCAACCACCACGACGAGACAGCAUUCUUGUCCUCGCAGCCGUUGGACAUGAUUGUUCUCGGGCUCAACAGCGGCACGAGCAUGGACGGUGUCGACUGCGCGCUGUGCCACUUUCGCCAAAACACUCCACAGGACCCGAUGACAUUCGAAUUGCUCAAGUACGGAGAAGUGCCACUCGAGCCCGUGAUCAAGAAGCGGGUGAUGAAGAUGAUCCUUCACAACAAGACAACUCCCGAAGAGCUUUCCGAAGUCAAUGUCUUGCUCGGGGAAACCUUUGCUCGGGCAGCGAGGGAAUUUUGCACGCAACACGGCGUCGAUUUGCAGGCUGAUGUUGAUGUUAUCGGCUCACAUGGUCAGACGAUAUGGCUGUUGAGCAUGCCAGGGCCGGAGCAGACCAAGAGUGCGCUGACCAUGGCGGAGGGGACGUUCAUCGCCUCGCGGACAGGCGUGACGACGGUGACAGAUUUCCGUGUCAGCGACCAGGCUGCUGGCCGGCAAGGCGCACCUCUGAUUGCCUUCUUUGAUGCUCUCCUUCUUCAUCACCCGACGAAGCUGCGUGCUUGUCAGAAUAUCGGCGGCAUUGCGAAUGUGUGCUUCAUCCCCUCGGACCGCGACGGUGGCGCGGACAACUGCUUCGACUUUGACACCGGACCCGGCAACGUCUUCAUCGACGCUGUCGUGCGGCACUACACCAACGGAGAGCAGGAGUACGACAAAGACGGCAUCAUGGGCCAGCGCGGCGUCGUUGACCAGGAGCUCGUCGAUGACUUCCUCCAGCACGAAUACUUCCACCUGCACCCACCCAAGACGACUGGCCGCGAAGUCUUCCGCGACACGCUCGCAUUCGAGCUCAUCGAGAAAGCGGAAGCGCGCGGGAUGUCGGCGGAUGACGUGGUGGCGACGGUGACGCGCAUCACGGCCCAAGCGAUCGUCGACCACUACAAGCGGUAUGCGCCUUCACAGGACAUUGACGAGAUUUUCAUGUGCGGUGGAGGGGCAUAUAACCCGAACAUCACCGCUUUCAUCCAGAAGCACUAUCCGCACACGAGGAUUUGCAUGCUCGAUGAGGCGGGCGUUCCAGCGGGGGCCAAGGAGGCCAUCACGUUUGCUUGGCAGGGGAUGGAGGCUGUGGUUGGGAGGUCGAUUCCCGUGCCGGAUCGGGUGGAGACGAGGAGGGAGUAUGUACUGGGCAAAGUCAAUCCUGGGCUGAAUUAUCGCGCGGUGAUGCGGAAGGGGGUGUUGUUUGGUGCGGGUCAGGAUCAUCUGCCUCCGGUUCGCGAGAUGGUGUUGCUGAAAGAGGGAAAGAGGUAUGACAACAAGUGGUGAGCAAGGCAUUUGGAAGAAGGAAACUAGAAUUCAGCGAGUGCUACAAGACGACGAAAUCGAAGGACAUUACUGUAGUCCCAUAAGGCUGCGAGGUUGCGCACCGCAUGGCUAAAGCGUGGCUGAA